CUUUCGAUCCAAUUAUUCUCCCGCUCCACCCCCUCCUUACAUGAACGAUUAAUUAAUUCAUCCAGUCGCUCCUCCUCCUCCUCCUCCUCCUCCUCCUCCGGUGCUCAACAGGUACUAUCCCGCCUCUUGCCUUUAUUCCCGUCUAAUUACCAUACCCAUCAUAUCCCACUGGAAUAAAUCCCCACGUCCAUUCCUCUCCCUCUGCUCACUCCUUCCCGAGGAACAAUGACGGUCAGACACCCUGUCGCCCUUCUCUUAUUGUUCCUCCUAUUCCCCGCCUCUCUCUCUUAUCCCAAUCCUGACCUCCAUGCACUCCUAGCCUUCAGGACCUCCGUCGACCCCUUCGGCGCCGCCCUCUCCUCAUGGGACCCCGCCGUCGACCCGUGCUCCGGCGCCUGGCUCGGCGUCUCCUGCAGCGGCGGCCACGUCACCCGCCUCGUCCUCGAGGGCCUCCGCCUCGCCGGGCCCAUCGAUGCCCUCGCCCUCCUCCCGACACUCUCUCUCCUUAGUCUCAAGAACAACUCGUUCUCAUCCCCGCUUCACCGCCUAGAUUUCACCCUCUGGCGGCCCCACCUCAAGCUCCUCUACCUCUCCCACAACCGCUUCUCCGGCCCCUUCCCCUUCGGCCUCCUCCAGCUCCGCCACCUCCACCGCCUCGAUCUCGCCGGCAACCUCGUCUCCGGCGGCAUCCCGCCCGAGAUCGGCCUCCUCCUCCCGGGCCUCCUCACCCUCCGCCUCGAGAACAACCUCCUCACCGGCGGCAUCCCAUUGUCUUUGGCCGUCGUCGCCGAACUCUCUGACCUCAAUGUCUCUCACAACCGCUUGGCCGGGAAGAUUCCUGGGAGCCUUUCCUCCUUCCCUCCGUCCGCCUUCGCCGGGAAUCUUGACCUCUGCGGCGGUCCUCUGUCCCGGCGUUGCUUUAAUCCGACGGCGAGGAGCGCUCCCAUGCCGAAGUUGGGUGGCGGGAGGAGGCGAUGGAAAUGGAAAUCGAAAUGGGUAUGGAUCACGGCGGCGCUCGUCGCCGGCGCUAUGUUGACGGCGGCAGCGGUGCUUCUUCAUCGACGGCGAGAGAGAAUAAAAGAAAGUAGAGGCGGAACAGGGGAAACGGGAGGAGAGAGGGAAGAGAAACGAAGAAGCAGGAGAAGGGGAACCGGGGAGGGGAAGAUGGAGUUCUUCGAGGGGUGCAGCGGGGAAUUCGGGCUGGACGAGCUGAUGAGGGGGUCGGCGGAGAUGCUGGGGAGAGGGGCGAUGGGGUCAACGUACCGGGUGGUGAUGGAAGGUAGCGGGGGAGAGGGAGUGGUGGUGAAGAGGGUGAGGAGAGAGAGGAGGAGAGGGAAGGAGAGAAGAGGCGAGUGGACGGAGGAGGGGUUGCUUCGAGAGAUCGGGGGAUGGACGCACCCCAACGUGGUGAGUUUGAGGGCUUACUACGCCGACGACCACGAGCUGCUGCUCGUGUACGAUUACCUCCCCAACGGCAGCCUCCACAAUCUCUUACACGGAAAUCGAGGACCAGGAAGGACUCCUUUGGGAUGGACCACAAGGCUGAAGCUCGCAUUGGGUGCUGCAAAAGGCCUGGCCUUCCUCCAUGGUGCAUCCAACUCCAAGCUGUCUCAUCAGCACCUCACCUCCUCAAACAUCCUCGUUGACAACGAGGGAGAUGCACGCAUUUCGGACUUCGGACUCCUUCAGCUUCUCGCUCCAUCAUUUUCUUCAUCUAAUUCUGCCUCCCACAUCGUAGCUUCAAAGACUCUGAACUCAAGCUCGCCGAGGGGAGCUACUCAGAAAUGUGAUGUGUAUAGCUUUGGAGUCAUUCUCUUGGAAAUUUUAACGGGGAGACCAGCGGAGGAUGGUGACAUCAGUUUGGCCCAGUGGGUUCAGACGGUUGUGAGAGAAGAAUGGACGUCGGAAGUCUUCGAUACGGAGUUGUUGAGGAAUAAAGAGACCGAGGAUGAGAUGUUUGCGCUCUUGCAGCUGGCCCUGCUUUGUAUAGCUCGUGAACCCAAGGAUCGCCCCAAGAUGACCAUGGUGUAUAAGAUGAUCGAGGAUAUCAGAGACAGGGGGAGUAGAAGUAGGGGAUCUCGUUCCCCUUCUCAGAAUGAUCAUUCCCACGAGUCCUCCUCCACUUGUCCUUCAGAAGACGCUCCUGCCUUCGCUUGCCGUGAGGUCUUUUGAAUUUUGCUCGGAAGGCACGGGGAUGGUUUGGUGUAGGGUGUCAAACACAUGGCAUUUUAGCUGUCAAGCAAGGUCAAUUCUGGUGGUAUGAGACCGUAAUUUUCCUUUUCCUGCAUUAAAGGUCAAUUCUUGUGGUAUGACCGUAAUCGUUCAUGAAGCACUAAUGAUUUCUAAAAGGAGAACACUCCCAGUCUUAUCGUGCCCUGGCA